CAAAAAACGGUAAAAAUGGGGUUGUUUAUUAGCAUACUUUUUGUGGGUUUUAGGAUCACGAAUAUUCUGGUCUUCAAGGGUCAAGAGUAGUCCGCUGUAUGACCGCCACCUAACACUCGCACAAGCUUGAAACUUGUACGGAGUACUCUGAUGACAGAAGUUUAAGAAUCCAGAUCUCGCCUCCAAUUUAAAACCUCAACAGCUGUGAGGUCAAGGGGACUGGUGAUUACAACUUAUUGAUUUUACUUACGAUUGUGUCCAAUAAAUGGCAAACAUAGACAUAGAGGGAAUCUUGAAAGAUGUCCCAACUGAUGGCCGGAUUCCGAAGACAAAGAUUGUCUGCACAUUGGGACCAGCUUCCCGAUCCGUUCCCAUGCUUGAGAAGCUUCUUCUGGCUGGGAUGAAUGUUGCUAGGUUCAAUUUCUCGCACGGGACCCACGACUACCACCAGGAGACCUUGAACAAUCUCAAGAUUGCUAUGCACAACACUCAGAUCCUCUGUGCUGUCAUGCUUGAUACCAAGGGUCCUGAGAUCCGAACUGGUUUCUUGAAGGACGGAAAACCGGUACAACUCAAAGAAGGCCAAGAAAUCACAGUGACAACCGACUACAGCAUGAAGGGAGAUGAAGAAACAAUAUGCAUGAGCUACAAAAAAUUAGCAGUAGACCUGAAGCCGGGGAAUACCAUCUUGUGUGCAGAUGGAACCAUAACACUCACUGUUCUGUCAUGUGAUGUCUCUGCUGGAACUGUGAGAUGUCGCUGUGAGAACACUGCCAUGUUAGGAGAAAGGAAAAAUGUGAACCUUCCGGGUGUUGUGGUGGACCUCCCCACACUAACAGACAAGGAUAAGGAAGAUAUCCUUGGAUGGGGUGUUCCCAACAACAUUGACAUGAUUGCCCUUUCAUUUGUGCGCAAAGGUUCCGAUCUUGUCAAUGUUAGAAAUGUUCUUGGUACACAUGCUAAGCGCAUACAGCUUAUGUCAAAGGUGGAGAAUCAAGAGGGAGUUUGCAAUUUUGACGAAAUCCUGCAGGAGACGGACUCAUUCAUGGUUGCUCGAGGUGAUCUUGGAAUGGAAAUUCCAGUGGAAAAGAUCUUUUUGGCCCAAAAGAUGAUGAUAUACAAGUGUAACCUUGUAGGAAAGCCUGUGGUCACUGCCACUCAGAUGCUGGAAUCAAUGAUCAAGUCCCCUCGGCCGACACGUGCUGAGGCAACAGAUGUGGCCAAUGCCGUCCUAGACGGCACCGACUGUGUGAUGCUGAGUGGCGAGAGUGCCGCUGGGGCCUACCCUGAGAUUGCCGUGAAAAUUAUGGCUAGAAUCUGUUUAGAGGCAGAAUCUUCGCUGGACUACAGAGCUAUAUUCAAAGAGAUGAUCAGGUCGACCCCACUGCCGAUGAGCCCUUUGGAGUCUCUUGCAUCGUCAGCCGUACGUACAGCCAACAAGGCUAAAGCAAAACUCAUAGUUGUGUUGACCCGUGGUGGGACGACCGCCAAGCUGGUCGCCAAAUACAGACCUGCUGUUCCAAUCCUCUCUGUAGUUGUGCCGAUUUUAACAACAGACUCAUUUGACUGGAGUGUGAGUGAUGAGACCCCUGCAAGGCACAGCUUGGUGUACAGAGGUCUGAUUCCACUUCUGGCUGAAGGAUCUGCCAAAGCCACUGCCACGGAAUCAACUGAGGUCAUUCUUUCCGCGGCGUUGAAGUCAGCCACCCGUAAAGGGCUUUGCCAACCUGGGGAUGCUGUUGUGGCACUGCAUCGGAUUGGUCCUUCUUCUGUUAUUAAGAUCUGCAUGGUGAAGUAGUUUUUGUGUUUGAAGUUCUUACUUCCCAAAGGCUUUGGGGGAGUUUUAGCAGAUUACUGUUGAUGCUUGUUGUAUGAAAUAAAGGAACUGAAGUGUGCCUUUUGUACUAUUUUAGUCAAUAGAGGAGGUUUUGUUCACCCCAUUAGUAGUGGUGUCAUGUGAUUUUACCACCCCAUUUUAGUCCGGUCUCAUUUUACUCGUGCAUUUAGUUUAGUUUAGGCUGAAUAUUUUCAAUUCAAUUGUUGUAAUGUUUAAUUUAGUAUAAGCGAAUAAAACUUGCAUAUUUGAAAAAUUACAUCAAAAGUCAUAUGGAAUGAUGCGCAGUUAUAUGAUUAUUUAGUUAU